CACGUGACUGCUGGGUCUAUAAACAGCCUGCCAGAACAACACAGCUGAGUUUCGACAACUGUACUAGCCGAGGACACGAUGGACACACUGCUGACCUUCUGGAUCCCCUUGUUGUUCAGCUCGUUGGCCUUGGGUGGAUAUCUGGAACAUGACCAAGACGUCUUGAUACCACACGACUGGACUCAUGUGGGUCGGGUGGACCCCACAGAGGAGCUGGAGCUGACCUUUGCCCUGAAGCAGCACAACGGUGACAUGCUGGAGGAAAUACUCAGACGGGUGUCGGACCCUGACUCAGCAUUUUAUGGUAAACACCUCACCCUGGAGGAAGUGUCCUUCAUAGUGCGUCCGACUGAACUGACCCAGAAGGUGGUGGAUCGCUGGCUGCAGAGUCAUGGGAUUACAAACUGCCUGACUGUACACACUCGGGACUUUUUACAGUGCACCAUGACUGCAAAGGUUGCAGAGACGCUGCUUCCAGGUAGCAAGUUCCACCGUUAUAUCAGGGAUGGCCACACUUUUGUGAGGUCUUCAGCUCCGUACUCUGUUCAUGAUGAUGUUCACCAGCACCUGGACUUUGUUGGAGGGCUUCACCGCCUUCCUCCUAAAGGGCAGGACCUCUUCAAAACCUUGUCUAACAGGAAGCAAAAGCAGGUUAAGAGAGGAGUGCACCUGGGAGUGACUCCCUCCAUCUUGAGGGCCCGCUACAACCUCACAGCCACUGACGUGGGAACAGCUCAGAACAACAGCCAGGCUGUAGCUCAGUUCCUGGAGCAGUACUACAGCCCUGCAGACCUGGCAGAGUUCAUGGGCAUAUAUGGCAGAAGCUUCAAGCACCUCUCUCAGGUGGAUCGGGUUGUAGGCACUCAGGGAGCAGGAAAGGCUGGUAUCGAGGCCAGUCUGGAUGUAGAGUACAUCAUGAGCACAGGGGCAAACAUCUCCACAUGGGUCUUUACCAAUCCAGGUCGUCAUGAGUCCCAGGAGCCUUUCCUCCAGUGGAUGGUUUUGCUCAGCAACAUGUCUGACCUGCCAUGGGUUCACACUAUCAGCUACGGAGACGAUGAAGACAGCCUGUCUACGGCGUACAUGAUGCGCAUCAACACAGAGUUUAUGAAGGCUGGCGUCAGGGGAAUCUCGUUGCUCUUUGCUUCUGGUGACAGUGGUGCAGGCUGCAAACAUUUCGGUAAAGACCAAAACUCCUUCAGGCCGAGUUUUCCUGCAUCAAGCCCGUAUGUGACCACAGUAGGAGGAACAUCAUUCAAGAACCCAUUUAAGGUCACAUUUGAAGUUACAGAUUACAUCAGUGGAGGAGGCUUCAGCAACGUCUUCAAGAUGCCCGACUACCAGGCCAGUGCAGUAGAUGGGUACCUGAAGACUGUGGCCGCGACCCUUCCUCCUAAGACAUAUUACAAUACCAGCGGCAGGGCUUAUCCGGACAUGGCUGCUCUGUCGGAUAACUACUGGGUGGUCAUCAACAGAGUACCCGUCCCCUGGGUGUCUGGAACCUCGGCCUCAACCCCUGUGGUCGGAGGAAUACUGUCUCUCAUCAAUGACCAGCGGCUGCUGAAGGGCCUGCCUGCCCUGGGCUUCCUCAACCCCCGCCUCUACAAGCUCAAGGGACAAGCUCUUUUUGAUGUAACUGAAGGCUGUCACCUGGCCUGUCUGGAUGAACAGGUUCAGGGUAAAGGUUUCUGUGCUGCACCGUCGUGGGAUCCUGUUACAGGAUGGGGGACUCCUAACUACCCUGAACUGCUGGCUGCUCUGCUAGCUGAGUAAAACUCAGAGAUCAUGAGUGAAACCAUCAGGGUGGCUUCUGCUCUGAGAGCAGGUACUACACAAAAAAUCCAGAGGCAGGAUGGCGAAAUAGAGGGAAAACUAUGCCUAAACUUUAGAUUUAUGCCUCUUUCUUUUAUUCAUUGUUAAUUUGAAGUCAGACACUGCGUUAUUCCAGCCUUCAGGAUUGUUUUAUUUUUCUUAUCCUCACUAGUAUGCAUGUAAGGUACAUUUUAUCAAUACUCCAAAAGGCUUAAAACUGUUUCCUCAAAUAUUUUAUGUCGGGAAUAUUCGUGGUUUGGGCUUUUUAUAUUGCUACACUGCAGUUGCUUUUUUCUGCUCUUCACUGCAUUUUAACUGACCCAGAUUUCUCAGUGACUCUCUCAAACACACUCACAGGUAGCGUAGUGUUAACACUAAUCUGAUGCCUUGAAUCCAUGCUGCUAGAUUCACAGCUUGGGGAAAGUGUGGGUAAACUGGUUGCUAUGCAUAAAGAACAUAAUCAUACUAAAAUACACCUCUUAGAUGUACACAUAGGACUAUUUGAAUAGGUUUUCUUUUUAAUAGUGUUGUGUUUGAUGUCAAUCAAGAAUCUUUAUCAAGAACUUUAUACCGGAUGAAAUAAUUUCACCAGAUCAGGCAAUUCAGCAUAAAAUUAGAUAGGUUUGGUUUGCAGUAAGACUGAGAUGGCCAAACUGUUUAAUAUUGUUGGUCUAUUUUGCCAUACUACUCUGCAGGGAUGAACUAGGUACAAGUCAUAGUUUCAUUUAAUUAAAGUACUAUAUUUGCAUGAAAUUAAAAAAAUAAAAUGUUACUUGUGUAUUUGAAAUAAAACGGGAACAUAAAGUAUGUGGCUUAAGACUACCAGGACCUUUUGAAACUUGAUUUUACUGUUUGUUGCCGUUUCCUCUGCGCCUACAAACUAACCAAAUGCACUCUUAUAUGUGGGUUAAAGGUGAUUCAUUGUCGUUUCUACCCACCAGCAUUGUUGAACUUGUCUUUAUUUUUAAACCAUUUAAAUCCUCAAAUCAGAUGUAUUUAAUGUGAGAGACUGCCUGUGAUGCAUUGUUUAUUAAAGACCGAUUUGUACUUGGAAAUGUCAGUUGAUUGUUUAAGAUGAUUUGCGUAUGAAGGCUGAUCUGGAUGCUGCAGUUUUAAGAAACUCAGCACACGCUUGUGCAAUUUGAAAAUGGAAAUGAAUUGCUGACUUAUCUGAUAAUCGCUGAAUUGAUUGUCAUUUUUGUAAAAAGCAAAACUAGUUCCUGUUUCGAAUAAUGACAUUGUUUUGGUUGGGGCCAUGGAAUUAUAUUGGUGUUAUUACUUAAGUACAACUAGUACUUGUACUGAUUGUGACAAUUGGUAAUGUUUGAGAAUGCAGCUGCCAAAGUGAGCAAAGAGUUUCUCUCUAAAAAGACCUUUAAUUUCUAAUGCAAAUUUUGACAUUCUCCCUGACUUCUUUUGUCACACGAGUUACCAGCUGUAAGAUGCCACUUCCAAACUGUUCAAUUUAAGUUUUAGGAUGUGAUACAAUUGUCAAUCAUAUAUUUGCAAGUGUGCUGAAAAAUAAAACAAAACUGAA